ACUACGAAAUAGCAAAGUGCACGGUAGAACACCGGCUGAACCAAAGCCGAAAUCUCAAAACUUCCGUCUUCACCACGAAAUCUCUCCAUCCUCCUCUGAAAUCUCUUUUAAGUUUCUUUAUUCAGGUUCUCCCCAGCGUUAACUCGGAAGCUUUCGGUGGCCAUCACCUUUGUCAUUCCCCGUCUGAUUCUGAGGGUCGUUCAACUACUGUCUACUAAUCUCUCUUUGUCGAAGCUGCGCCUGCGUACUCCUUUUUUUCCUGGAAAAACUGCGUAUUUUCUUUGAAAAGAAUAGUCGCAUUCUUGGUCUGGGCGUGGAUUUGCGACGAAAGGGUUCUGCUUGAUUUCCCUCUUGAAAAAAUGCUUCUUUCCAUCGAUUGACAGCAAACCCACCAUGGAUUUGGAACCUGGGAAUCGUCAGAAUGAUCAUCUGAAGAAGAAAGAGUCGUGGAGGACCGUCCUGACUCUGGCUUAUCAAAGCCUCGGAGUCGUGUACGGAGACUUGAGCACUUCGCCACUAUACGUGUACAAUAGCGCAUUCGCUGAGGACAUCCAGCACUCGGAGACCAACGAGGAGAUAUACGGCGUCUUGUCCUGCGUCUUCUGGACCCUCACCCUGGUGCCUCUGCUCAAGUACGUCUUCAUCGUGCUGAGGGCCGACGAUAACGGAGAAGGAGGGACCUUCGCUCUCUACUCGCUGCUGUGCCGGCACGCCCGAGUCAACUCGCUGCCCAACUGCCAGGUGGCGGACGAGGAGCUCUCCGAGUACAAGAGGGCCGGCGCAAGCUCGUUGCCGAAGUCGGGGUUCGGGCCGAAGCUGAAGUCGACCCUCGAGAGGCACCGCGUGUUGCAGAGGUUGCUGCUUGUCCUGGCUCUGAUCGGAGCUUGCAUGGUGAUUGGUGACGGUGUGCUCACGCCGGCUAUUUCAGUUUUCUCAGCAGUGUCAGGCCUGGAACUUCCUAUGUCCAAGGAGCAUCAUAAAUACGUAGAAGUACCAGUUGCCUGUGUCAUACUGAUCGGUUUGUUUGCCCUUCAACAUUAUGGCACCCACAGAGUUGGCUUCUUGUUUGCACCUGUGAUGACAAUGUGGCUCCUGUGCAUCAGUGCCAUCGGGUUAUAUAAUAUAUUUAGGUGGAAUCCUCAUAUAUAUCAGGCACUUUCACCAUAUUAUAUAUACAUCUUCUUAAGGAAAACUCGAAGAGAAGGUUGGAUGUCCCUGGGUGGAAUACUGUUAUGUAUAACAGGUUCUGAAGCCAUGUUUGCUGAUCUAGGCCAUUUUUCGCAACUAUCAAUCAAGAUUGCCUUCACCUCUAUGGUCUAUCCAUCCCUGAUUCUCGCAUACAUGGGGCAGGCCGCAUAUCUCUCACAGCAUCACAUCGUUGGAAGCGACUAUAGAAUUGGAUUUUAUGUAUCUGUACCAGAGAAGUUAAGGUGGCCAGUGCUGGCCAUUGCCAUACUCGCCGCUGUUGUGGGAAGCCAAGCCAUAAUCACCGGAACUUUUUCAAUCAUCAAACAGUGCUCUGCUCUGGGUUGCUUCCCGCGAGUUAAAAUAGUGCACACAUCAUCUAAAAUUCAUGGCCAGAUUUACAUCCCAGAGAUUAAUUGGAUCUUGAUGGUGUUGUGUUUGGCGAUCACUAUUGGUUUCAGAGACACAAAGCACAUGGGGAAUGCGUCAGGUUUGGCAGUUAUAACAGUCAUGCUGGUUACAACGUGUCUGAUGUCUCUCGUCAUAAUCCUCUGCUGGCACCAGAGUGUUGUCAUCGCGGUAUGUUUCAUACUCCUCUUCGGCACUGUUGAGGCGCUCUUCUUCUCGGCUUCCCUCAUCAAGUUCUUUGAAGGAGCAUGGGUCCCGGUCGCCUUAGCAUCGGUCUUCCUCUUGGUGAUGUAUGUCUGGCACUAUGGCACGCUCAAAGCAUACGAGUACGAUCUUCAGAAUAAGGUCUCCAUCGAUUGGAUUCUCGGGUUAGGCCCUACCCUGGGCAUAGUGCGUGUCCGAGGAAUCGGGCUGAUCCACACUGAGCUGGUUCACGGGAUUCCGGCCAUCUUCUCCCACUUUAUCACCAACUUACCAGCAUUCCACCAGGUCCUGGUCUUCCUCUGCAUCAAGUCGGUUCCAAUCCCGCACGUUAGGCACAAGGAGAGGUUCCUUGUGGGCCGCAUCGGUUCGAGGGAGCAUAGGAUUUAUCGGUGCAUUGUGCGUUAUGGGUACAGAGAUGUCCACAAGGACGACGUGGAGUUCGAGAGGGAUCUUGUGUGUAGCAUUGCGGAGUUCAUACGCUCGCAGGGCAUGGGCGCCGCUGCUGGGAAUGGGGGCUUUCCGAAGGAGGAUGGCAAGAUGACAGUGGUAGGGACCUGUUCUUCUCAUCCCGAUGGGAUCCAAAUGAGCGAGGAUGAGAAGGACAUGGCGGAAUUAACGUCUUCGUCAGAGCAGACGGAGAUAAAAUCGCCCCCGCCACAGGCCAGGUCAAGGAAGAAAGUGAGGUUCAUCGUGCCGGGGAGCCCGAAGAUGGAUCCUGAAGCGAUGGAGGAGUUGCGCGCACUGAUGGAAGCCAGGGAAGCGGGAAUAGCAUACAUUCUGGGGCAUUAUUACGUGAGAGCGAAGCGAGGAUCGGGUCUAAUUAGACGGCUCGUGAUCGACCUCGGCUACAGUUUUCUGAGGAGGAACAGUAGAGCGCCAACGCAUGCGAUGAACACGCCCCAUGCAUCUAGUAUAGAAGUAGGCAUGGUUUGCCAUAUCUGAGUUCUGGUAAGAUACAGGAGGGAAGUUUGUACAUACAAAUGAAAUGUUGUGCAACGUAUAGGUGAAGAAGAAGUGAAAUUUGGGAAAGGGAAAUGUGAAAAGCAAAGCUACGGGAGAAGAUAAGUAGGUGUGCUUAUAUUAUACAGUUGACACCAUUUUGAAUAGUGAGUUUCACGGUUUGGAGAGUUAUGCUGUUUUUGAACUGCUGAAUAAGACCAAUUUGGGAAAGUCACAGCCUUCUUUCCUUUUUUU